AUGUCUCUGAAGAAAGUCACUCUCGUUGGUGCCAGCGGUAAUGUCGGCGCGGCCGUCUUGCCUGAGUUGCUCAAGUCUGACCUCGAUUUGACUAUCUUAAGCCGCGAGGGAUCUUCCGCGAUUUUUCCUCCGGGUGCCAAAGUUGUAAGAACCGACUACAGUGAGGAUUCCCUGGUCAAGAUCCUUGCAGGUCAAGAUGCAGUUGUCAGCAUGCUUCCGAUCAUGGCUCUUGGAGAGCAGCAAAAAAUUGUUGAGGCUGCCAUUAAGGCAGGCGUGAAGAGAUUUAUUCCCAGCGAAUAUGGAUCAGACUCCGCGUCUGAUGAGGUUAUUGCAGCCGUCCUAUUCUUCCAGCCGAAAAAAGCUCACCUUGACUGGCUCGCAAGCAAGGAGGAUGUGCUCAGUUGGACCGCCAUCAUCACUGGGCCUUUCUUUGAUUGGGGAUUGAAGCUCGGGAUGACAGGCUUCAACCUUGCUACCAAGACUGGAACUUUGGUAGAUGGCGGUAAGACUCGGUUCACAGCAAGUAACACGGCACAGAUUGGGCGGGCCAUCAUUGCAGUCCUCAAGCACUCCGACGAGACCAAGAAUCAGUUGGUCUUCACUGAGUCAUUCACAACCACUCAACUGGAGGUCCUGGCCUCUCUUGAGAAGUUUACUGGCGAGAAGUGGAAAACAGUCGAAGUCGGCUCACAGGCGCUCAGGGAAGAUGGAUUUGCCAAACUUGGGAAAGGAGAGAUCAUGGAAGGCGGCGCCGCUGUUGUUAUGGCGCUGGUACUCGGGGAAGGCGGACUUGAAGAUCAUACGCAUGUCAAGGGUGGUAUUUGGAACGAUCGCCUAGGCUUGAAGACUGAGAGCAUCGAUGAGACUAUCAAGGCAGUACUAAGUCUGUGA